UGUUGAGCCUUCAGGGGCCGAGGAGGCGGCGGCAGCAGAGGAGAGAGCGGGAGGAGGGAGGGAAGGCAGGAAGAGGGCAACCGAAGGCUGGGCCAGGUGGCUCGACCGGGUGCUGGCUGCGCUGCUCUCGGUUCCGACGGCCUCUCUCAUGCGUUGAGGGCGCCCGGCUGGGCCGGACCGGCGGCCGGAGGGGAGGCUCCUCUCCAUGGUCCAGAAGACCAGCAUGUCCCGGGGCCCUUACCCAUCCUCCCAGGAGAUCCCCAUGGAGGUCUUCGACCCCAGCCCACAGGGCAAAUACAGCAAGAGGAAAGGGCGGUUCAAAAGGUCGGAUGGGAGCACAUCCUCGGAUACAACAUCCAACAGCUUUGUCCGCCAGGGAUCAGCAGAGUCCUAUACCAGCCGUCCGUCAGACUCCGAUGUGUCUCUGGAGGAGGACCGAGAAGCCUUAAGGAAGGAGGCAGAGCGCCAGGCAUUAGCCCAGCUCGAGAAAGCCAAGACCAAGCCAGUGGCAUUUGCUGUGAGGACAAAUGUCGGCUAUAACCCAUCUCUAGGGGAUGAGGUGCCUGUUCAGGGAGUGGCCAUCACCUUCGAGCCCAAGGACUUCCUGCACAUCAAAGAGAAAUACAAUAAUGACUGGUGGAUUGGGCGACUGGUGAAGGAGGGCUGUGAGGUUGGCUUCAUCCCCAGCCCUGUCAAACUGGACAGCCUGCGCCUGCUGCAGGAACAGAAGCUGCGCCAGAACCGCCUCAGCUCCAGCAAAUCAGGUGACAACUCCAGCUCCAGUCUGGGAGACGUGGUGACUGGCACCCGCCGCCCCACGCCCCCUGCCAGUGCCAAACAGAAGCAGAAGUUGACAGAGCAUGUGCCCCCCUAUGACGUGGUACCUUCCAUGAGGCCCAUCAUCCUGGUGGGACCGUCGCUCAAGGGCUAUGAGGUUACAGACAUGAUGCAGAAAGCUUUAUUUGACUUCUUGAAGCAUCGGUUUGAUGGCAGGAUCUCCAUCACUCGUGUGACAGCGGACAUCUCCCUGGCUAAGCGCUCAGUCCUCAACAACCCCAGCAAACACAUCAUCAUCGAGCGUUCAAACACACGCUCCAGCCUGGCUGAGGUUCAGAGCGAGAUCGAGCGAAUCUUCGAGCUGGCCCGGACCCUUCAGUUGGUUGCCCUGGAUGCCGAUACCAUCAACCACCCAGCCCAGCUCUCCAAGACCUCACUGGCCCCCAUCAUUGUUUACAUCAAGAUCACCUCUCCCAAGGUUCUUCAGAGGCUCAUCAAGUCUCGAGGGAAGUCUCAGUCCAAACACCUCAAUGUGCAAAUAGCAGCCUCGGAGAAGCUCGCGCAGUGUCCUCCUGAAAUGUUUGACAUCAUCCUGGAUGAGAAUCAACUGGAGGAUGCCUGCGAGCAUUUGGCCGAGUACUUGGAAGCCUACUGGAAGGCCACACACCCGCCCAGCAGCACUCCGCCCAAUCCGCUGCUGAACCGCACCAUGGCUACUGCAGCCCUUGCUGCCAGCCCUGCCCCUGUCUCCAACCUCCAGGGACCAUACCUUGCUUCCGGGGACCAGUCACUGGAACGGGCCACCGGGGAGCACGCCAGCGUGCACGAGUACCCGGGAGAGCUGGGCCAGCCCCCAGGCCUUUACCCCAGCAGCCAGCCGCCAGGCCGGGCGGGCACCCUGCGCGCACUGUCCCACCAAGACACGUUUGAUGCCGACACCCCUGGCAACCGAAACUCUGCCUACACGGAGCUGGGAGACUCGUGUGUGGACAUGGAGACUGACCCCUCCGAGGGGCCAGGGCUUGGAGACCCUGCAGGGGGCAGCACCCCACCAGCCCGACAGGGAUCCUGGGAGGAUGAGGAAGACUAUGAAGAGGAGCUGACCAACAACCGGAACCGCGGCCGGAAUAAGGCGCGCUAUUGCGCGGAGGGCGGGGGUCCAGUCCUGGGACGCAACAAGAAUGAGCUGCAGGGUUGGGGGCGGGGCGUCUACAUCCGCUGAGAGGCGGGGGCCACACAGUGGGAGGAAGGGCUCUGAGCCCAGGGGAGGGGUGGGACAGAGGGGCUCACCACUGCGGAUGUAUCUUGCCUCCAGGGGGCGCUGUCUCCCUCCUUUCAGAUGCCUUUGCUCAAUGUUUGGGGUUUCUUUGGUGGUAGCAUUCCAACCAGCUCCUGAGACUCCCUUAAGCCUCAGCGGUAGGUUUUUACCUACAUGUUGUGGGUGCAUGGGGGGAUGACAACCUUCCUGCAGUAUCCCCUUCCCCACCUCAGGGGGCUCUCUCCCCUCGCCCAGAGAAAAGGUGCAGUUCCUUAACUCCUUCUACUCCAGGCUUUAAAUGAGUGUCCUAAAAUGGGGUGGCCCUUUCUUUUUCCAACCUGGAGUAUUUGGGAAGGGUAGGGGGGCUUUUCCUGGAGAGGGAGACCACAGACUCUUUCCUAUGAGGGCUGUCUUCCCCAAGCCCCAGAUCCAGGGUCCUUCACCAUGCCCACCCCUCCCCCUAGCUUCCUGGCAGCAUUGUCUGGGAGGUGAAAGUUACAGCAUUGGAAACCCCACCGGGAUCUCGUCUUGGGGAGUGGUCUGGGUAGAAGCUGGCAGGCAUCAGAUGUAGUGCCCUGUGCCCGCCCAGGACCUAGAACCCUGAGGAGGGGGCAACCCGAGAUGCUGCUACCCCCACCACCACCUCCAUGCCUCAAGGCUUUGCCUACCCCAGGAAUGAGCUUUGCCUACAACAUCCCUUGCCUGCAGCCAUCAGAAGAGGGGGCCCCUCUCCAUCUGAGCCCCCCCAUCCCCUUGUCACCUGGGUGUGGAGCCCAUGGAACACUCUGGUCCAGCUCAUUUUAAAACCAAAAAACUGCUUCACUUUCACCCUGAGGCCCCAGGGGAGAGGGUAAUUGUCACCCCUGGGGCCUCAGGACCUCGGAUCCCCCCGGGGGGCUUAGCUGCUGCUGUUGCUGCUCUGUAUCUGCCUCUUGUGAUCCCGUCCUUUACCCAUGUCUACGCCCCCCAGGAGAGGCCUUGGUACCCCCUCUGCCCUGGAUCGUCCCUCUGCCUAGCAUCUCGUAGCCCAGCAGCCCCGUCCCCCACCCCCACCAGCACCCAGCUGGGCCAGAGAGAGCCGAUUGUGCCAACGAGGACUGGGCCCUGCCCGGCUGCCCGCCUCAGGGAUGGGUGCCUCAUGCCUGUCUCGCCACCUCCUGUGCCAAUGUUGUCCCACCCCCCACCCCCACCCGGGGGUGGGGUGCAGCUUCCACUUACUGGUUAGAAGAGACCACUGCCCAACCUUUCCCCUUCCUGUCUGGUGUCCUGUGCCCCCAUCUGUCUGUCUGUUCGUCUGUACUCCCCUAGGAGAAGUAUUUUGCCACAUAUAAAACCGCCAUCCUGUCCUUUGCGGCCACCUCCUGAGCCUGCUUCUUUGUUCCCGCCGCAUGGUUGCCAGCCUAGGUGUGUGGGAGCUGCCGAUGUGCAGGGAGGGAGAGUGAAGGGGUGGGUGCAGGAAUAAAGCCGUGGCCAGUCUUGGCUCUGCUCAGCCCCAAGCCCCAUGCUUGUCCGGUCCGUCUCCCCAUAAGUAGAGCCAGGCAAAACUGCAAGCUGAGACGGGAAGUGGGGUGCCCUGGGUUUUGUUCAGGGGGUCAGAUCCAGAGCCACUGGCACACUGUCUUAGAGGCCCGUGCUUGCUUCUCUGCUCCUGUGGCCUCAGCUGCUCCCCAGCUUCCCAGGGAGGGAUGGGCUGAGCUUCCGGCUCCCUCCACUGAUGCCUCCACAACUACCCACCCCAGGGCCUGCUAACCAGCCUGGUGGGAGGGGAAGAGGUCUGUUU